CGAGCGGGCGCUGGAGCGCGAGCGGGUGUUGUGCGGCGUCGGCGUGCGCUCCCCGGGGAGCGGCUGCAGGGCGCCCGCAGCGGGAGCAGCCUCGAGCCGUGCAGCCGGCUCCCGCACGUUGCCGAGGCUCGUAGGAACCGCCGCGGCUGACGGGGCCGCGGUUGCAGCCUCCACACCUGCGCGGGCGGCGGGCGCGGGGUCCGGUCUGCCGCGGGCGGGCGCAGAGGAGAGCGUGCGGCUGCAGGCAGGGGCCCCGCUCGGCCACCUCCUCGCCCCGCUGCCGCCGCUGGAAGAUGUCGCAGGAGAGGCCCACGUUCUACCGGCAGGAGCUGAACAAGACCAUCUGGGAGGUGCCCGAGCGGUACCAGAACCUGUCCCCGGUGGGCUCGGGCGCCUAUGGCUCGGUGUGUGCUGCUUUUGAUACAAAGACGGGGCAUCGUGUGGCAGUUAAGAAGCUGUCGAGACCGUUCCAGUCCAUCAUUCAUGCCAAAAGGACCUACAGGGAGCUGCGCCUGCUGAAGCACAUGAAGCACGAGAACGUGAUUGGUCUGUUGGACGUGUUUACACCCGCAAGGUCCCUGGAGGAAUUCAACGAUGUGUACCUGGUGACCCACCUCAUGGGCGCAGACCUGAACAACAUCGUCAAGUGCCAGAAGCUCACCGACGACCACGUUCAGUUCCUCAUCUACCAGAUCCUCCGAGGGCUGAAGUAUAUACAUUCGGCUGACAUAAUCCACAGGGACUUGAAACCCAGCAACCUGGCUGUGAACGAAGACUGUGAGCUCAAGAUUCUGGAUUUUGGGCUGGCUCGGCACACGGACGAUGAGAUGACAGGCUACGUGGCUACCAGGUGGUACCGAGCCCCUGAGAUCAUGCUGAAUUGGAUGCACUACAACCAGACAGUGGAUAUUUGGUCCGUGGGCUGCAUAAUGGCUGAGCUGUUGACCGGAAGAACGUUGUUUCCUGGAACAGACCAUAUUAACCAGCUUCAGCAGAUAAUGCGUCUGACGGGGACACCCCCUGCUUAUCUCAUUAACAGGAUGCCAAGCCAUGAGGCAAGAAACUACAUUCAGUCUCUGGCCCAGAUGCCGAAGAUGAACUUCGCAAAUGUGUUCAUUGGUGCCAAUCCCCUGGCUGUCGACCUGCUGGAGAAGAUGCUUGUUCUGGACUCAGACAAGAGGAUCACAGCGGCCCAAGCUCUCGCGCACGCCUACUUUGCUCAGUACCACGACCCCGACGAUGAGCCCGUGGCUGACCCUUACGACCAGUCCUUUGAGAGCAGGGACCUCCUCAUCGAUGAGUGGAAGAGCCUGACCUAUGAUGAAGUCAUCAGCUUUGUGCCGCCGCCUCUUGACCAAGAAGAAAUGGAGUCCUGAACACCUGGUUUCUGUUCUGUCUGUCCCACUUCACUGUGAGGGGAAGGCCUUUUCAUGGGGACUCUCCAAAUACCAUUCAAGUGCCUCUUGUUGAAAGAUUCCUUCAUGGCAGAAGGGGUGCAUGUAUGUGUUAGUGUGUGUAUGUGUGUGUGUGUCUGUCUGUCUGUUCGUCUGUCCACCUAUCUUUGUGGAAGUCAUUGUGAUGGCAGUGACUUGAGUUGUGAAUGCUCCUUGGUAGUCUGCUUGCUUUCUCAGUCUGGGCAGGCCAGUGGGAACUGCCAUCUCCUUAGGGACGUAUGUGUCAAGUGCAAAGUAAGAAAUGUUAAAAAUGUCUCUGUUCUUAGCGACCUUGCCACUUUGGCUUCUCCUGUGGCCCUGCCUUUACCAUAUCACAGUGACAGAGAGAGGCUGCUUCAUGUCUGAGGCUAUCCCUCAGUCAUGCAUAAUCUAGCCUGUGACCAGCUUGCUUAACGUCCUCAGAACUUGACAGGUAUGUUCAAAGUUGUCAGUCUUGUUUGUGCCUUAAAAGGAGAGAAGGGCGCGUAGAUAGUUACAGGAUCUCAGCUGCUGGCGUUCCGAGCUAGGCGAGUGCACAGGGAAAAAACAAGGCAGCCUUCUAGAAGGCCAUGGGUGCAUGCGUGUGCAUGCAUGUGUGUGUGUGUGUGCGUGCAGCCGCCCUCCCUCGCGUCCAGGAGAAGCUGUUCUCUAUGCUCACUGCUCACCUCAGUGCAGAGGUCUGCAGUGCCAGGCACAGGUUCCUGCCGUCAGUAGUUGGCUGUGUCAUCCUCACGUCUAGCGGAAUGCGGAUGUGUCUGCAUGCUGUGCUCUUGGAGCUCGUCCUGUCCUCUGGAAGCCUGGGCCAGGCGUGUGAAGACUGCCCAGCACUUCCUGUCCACGCGCCUCAGCCCACGCUAUGGGCACGUGCCGUCUCCUCGCUCCGGCUCCUUCGUGUUGAACACAACUGAUCUUCCAGGUGCUCAUGGUGCGGGAAGACAGGAUGGACAGACGAAUGGAGCACCUGAACCCUUGCCAUCUGAUGUCACCAACUCGGGGAAAACAAGUCCUGUCCUAGGACUGUCCCCAGCUCUGGAAAUCAUGUUCUCACUCAUGGUAACCAGCUCUGAACGCUGAAAGCCCAGCGAAGGGAGAGACGAGCUCCUGUCUUUCUCAAAAUAGAGUUGUUAGACACAAAACCCAGUAGUCAGGCCCCUCUCCUUGUGAGGGUCCCCCACCCACCCCACCCCACCCCACCCCACCCCACCCCCGGCAGCUUGACACUAGUUCAGUGUCGAUUUGGGGAGGAAGCAAUUCUGUCUUGGAAUUUUGUAUGUUGUAGGAAUCCUUAGAGAGUGUGGUUCCUUCUGAUGGGGAGAAAGGGCAAAUUAUUUUAAUAUUUUGUAUUUUCACCUUUAUAAACAUGAAUCCUCAGGGGUGAAGAACUGUUUGCAUAAUUUUCUGAAUUUCGGGCACUUUGUGCUAUAUGAGGACCCGUAUAUUUAAGCUUUUUGUGCAGUAAGAAAGUGUAAAGCCAAUUCCAGUGUUGGAUGUAACAGGUCUUGUAUUUAGGUCAUGGUGUCUCCAUUCUUUGUCAGUGCAGGGACCUGCCUGCUCCCUGGGGCAGGGCGGGACCCUGAGUCAUCUGGAGCCCAGGAGGAGGCAGCCUGGCCAGGCCUGGCCACCUCAGUAUGCAGUUCAGCUCCACACCAUCCAAUCAAGAUGGGUUAGAAUGCCAAGUGUGAUUUCCAGCAAAACUCUGCUCUGGUUAUUUUAUUGAAGAUGUCUUUGCACAUGUGCCCAUGCUGUGUUAGGGGCUGUGCUCCAGGGCUUGGACUCAAAGCUAGAGCUGGCAGAAGAGCUGCUGGCAUCCACAGUGCAGUGCCACCGCUGCCGCCGAGUUUCUCCAUCGGAGGACAAGGGAAGGAGAAAACUGCUGUUUAUUUGUGUUUGUGAACUUGGCUGUAAUCUGGUGUGCCAUAGGAUGUCAGACAAUACCACUGGUUAAAUAAAACCUAUUUUUCAAAUUCA